AUGGGCAUCUUUACAAAGUUCCGCUUCUUCAAUCGGCGACUCGCGCUUUCAUGCAUGCUCAUCGCUAUCUCGACGUUCAAUUAUGGCUUCGACAACCAGGCAUUUGCCACGACGCAGGCUAUGGAUGCCUUUGACAAGCAAUUCGGUGUCUUUGACGAAAAGACAGGCAAAUAUAUUCUUGAACCCUCUUGGUUGUCGCUGUUUAACAGCUUGAAUUACAUCGGAUUUGCUGCUGGCGUUCUUGUCGGUACCUGGAUCUCGUCGCGAUGGGGAAGAAGAUGGUGCAUGUUCAUAAUGAGCGUGUAUGCUAUUGUUACAGCGACUAUUGCCGUCACGUCAUUCCAUCGCGAGCAGAUUAUGGCAGCCCGAAUCCUGAAUUACGUCUACGUGGGCAUGGAGCUCGGUGUUGUUCCAACAUUUCAGUCUGAAAUCGUUCCCGGCCAAGCUCGUGGCUUCAUGGUCGGAUCCUACCAACUCAGUCUUGUGAUCGGUGGUCUUGUCAUCAACAGCAUCUGCUACGGAACAUCCACCCUUCCCGAUAACCGCGCGUGGAGAAUUCCCCUCGGCAUGUUUUACAUCGUCCCCUCGAUCGUUAUCGCAGGUAUCUGGUUCGUUCCAGAGUCGCCAAGAUGGUUGCUUCGAAAGAAUAGAGUGCAUGAAGCUCGAAAAAGCCUCCACCUAAUUCGAGAGGGUGUCUUUACAGACGAAGAGAUUGACGCUGAAUUUUCAGAGUUGAGGGUCUCUUUGGAUGAAGAGACGGAGCAGGGGAGGUUCAUUGAGCUUUUCCGAGGCAUCAACCUUAAACGGACUCUCAUUGUGAUGGCUGUCAACUUCUAUCAACAGGCCGGUGGCCAAGCAUUUGUGUCACAGUAUGGUGCCAUCUACGCCAAAUCGCUCGGAACCAUCAAUCCAUUUCUAUUCAGUCUGAUCACGUCAGCUAUUAGCAUCGUUACUAUUGUAUCCAUCCUUCUAUGGGCUGACAUUGCUGGUAGACGUGUCCUUCUGAUGGCAUCAUCCUGUACCAUGUUUGUUGCCAUGGUAACAAUGGGCUCACUCGGUGUCCAAUCUCCUGUUGAUGAUUCCAGGAAGAAGGGCGUAAUUAGCAUGAUGGCUGUAUUUGCCUCUGGUUUCGGACUGGGCUGGGCGCCUCUGGUCUACGUCGUGACCACGGAGAUUUCCGCUCUUCGACUUCGCGAUCAUACCUCACGAAUUGGGUUCACUACCAACGUUAUCAUGAAGUACAUUCUCAACCGUAAAUUUGUAUCAUGCAAUGCUAAUGCCUUUCUUAGCUUCGCUGUUAACUUCAGCAUUCCGUAUCUCAUCUACGACAAAUACGCCGGCCUCAACAGCAACGUUGGCUUCAUCUUUGCAGGUAUUAUGGCUACUGCCCUUGUCUUUAUCUACUUCUGCGUUCCCGAAUGCAAGGGCAAGACACUGGAACAAGUCGACUUCUUGUUCAACCAAGGUGUUCCGAUCCGACAGUUUGGAGGGGUCAAUGCUACUGAGAUGAUGCGUAGCGCACAGGGGGAAGGUGGAUUGAAUAAGGUAUAUUCUGAUGGAGGAAAGGAUUCUGUACAUGUAGAACAACGAGCUUGA